ACACCAUUCUUGGAAGAAACCGCCAAUCAACCCAACUUUCAACACACUCAUGUUUCUUAGAAGAGCCAACAUUUGACACAACUUUCAGCAAACACUCAUGGGUAGAAUAUGGUGGUCCACAAAGGUGAAUCAGAGAUCACCAUUGAGAUUGUAAACCUCCCUGCUACUUCAGCCAGGAAGAGUCACACUGGUGAAGACGGUGAGGCGGUUACUGCAGCAACGGGAGGAAAGCUGCUUGGAUGCACUGCUGUGAGCUUUUGUCUCUUGUGUAUCCUACAAGCCAGUCUGAACAUUUGCCUGCGUCUUGCUCUCUCCUCUCCACCAGAUGUUGACUGCAGUUGUAAAAAUCGGACCGAUGAGAGGGACAACUUGAGGAGGACUAACUUGGAACGCUACUUGCAACAAGGAUGGUUUUAUUUCAGUGACAGCGUCUAUUACAUUUCUUCAACUAAGAAGACCUGGCAAGACAGUAGAAAUGACUGUCUGCAGAGAGAUGCAGACCUGGUGAUUAUCGGCAGCAGAGAAGAACAGGACUUCAUAAGACAGCACCAGAAGAUAAUGUGGAUUGGACUGACGGACAGAGAGACUGAGGGGGUGUGGACAUGGGUGGAUGGCAGUCCGCUGACAACAAGCUUCUGGGACUCUGGUGAACCAAACAGUGCAGGAGGAAGAAAUGAGGAUUGUGUGGUUAUGAAUUCCUUUAAAAAUGUCACUUGCCCUUCCUCAUGUGUCACCGGUCUGACGUCAACCCUGACCCCUGAUUGUUUCCACCUGUUUCCCUCUCCCUCAUGUGUUACAUAGUCUGUGUCUCCCUUUGUCUGGUGCCAGAGCGUCUUGUUCUGUCAUGUACCCCAGCCCUUCGUUACAGUCCUUGUCUUGGCAAGUAUCGUGAUUCAUCGUUUUGUUUUGUUUUUUUUCAUAUAUGUUUUUUCUAUGCCUCAUGAAGAGUGAUUUUUUUCUUUUUCUUUUUGUAAAUUUUUCAUAGUGCAGCUCAGCUCACAAUUUUUUGGGUUUUUUUUGGCCUUUUCUGGCUUUAUUAUUGAUAGGACAGCUGAAGAGUGUGACAGGAAACAGGGUAAGAGAGGGGAAGUGACACACAGCAAAGGGACCCAGGCCGGCAGUCGAACCCGGAUUUUGAUCUCUUUGUAAUUUUUUUAGACUUGCCCUUGACUCUGUUUUGUAGCGUUGUGUUUUCCUCAAUUUUGAGUGUUUUUAAUUUUUUUUUUUUUUUUUAUUGUUGCUUUUCCUAGCUAGUUCUGAGAGCAGUCAGCUUGUAGUCUUUUGUUUUCUCCGGUUCUCGUAGAGUUCCCACCCUUGGAGUGGUUUUCUGUUUUAUUUUUUUGUUUGCUUUUGUUUCUUCUCCUUCCGCUCUGAGUGUUGUUUUGUCACUGUCUUGAAGCAAGCGAAUUUCAGAAUAAAAGCCUGUAGAAUUUC